UUCGGACGUGUUUUUUCCAGUACUGCUCCUCUAAAAACAGACGCAAAUUCAAACGAGGGUUUUUACGCGAGUGUCCUGGACAGGAAUUUUACUAGAUAGACACUUGGAGCUGAAAAUCAAGAGUUUCGGGAAAAUUGAUUUUGUGCAUCUGUAGCAGUUAAAUUUAAUUAAGUUCAUUAAAACGCCAAUUACCGCGAGUGCCUAAUCCAAUUAACAACAAAAUGGGCCUAGAAUUCUUCUUUAAGUUCGGCUAUGCCUUCUUGACAAUAACCCUCAUGAUCAUGAUAUGGAUGUCGCUGGCCCGUGCCUCGAUGUUUGCCCGUGAAAUGGAGGAGACACACUACCCGCCCUGCACCUACAACGUGAUGUGCACUUGCUCGAAGUCCUCCACAGAUUUGGGGAUAGUGCAUUGCAAGAACGUUCCGUUUCCGGCACUGCCUCGCAUGGUUAACCAAUCCAAGGUUUUCAUGCUGCACAUGGAGAACACUGGUCUGCGGGAGAUUGAGCCGUACUUUCUGCAGUCCACUGGCAUGUACCGGCUGAAGGUAUCGGGCAACCAUCUCACCGAGAUCCCGGACGACGCCUUUACCGGACUGGAGCGAUCGCUGUGGGAGCUGAUCCUGCCGCAGAACGACCUGGUCGAGAUCCCCUCCAAGUCGCUGAGGCACCUGCAGAAGCUGCGCCACUUGGACCUGGGCUACAACCACAUUACGCACAUCCAGCAUGACUCGUUCCGCGGACUGGAGGACUCGCUGCAGACACUGAUCCUGCGCGAGAACUGCAUCUCGCAGCUGCAGUCGCACAGCUUCACCGGCCUCCUGAUCCUGGAGACCCUCGAUUUGAGUGGCAACAACCUCUUCGAGAUUGACCCGAAUGUGUUCGUCGAUGGCAUGCCCCGACUGACUCGCCUUUUGCUCACGGACAACAUCCUCUCGGAGAUCCCCUACGAUGCCUUGGGUCCGCUGAAGAGUCUGCGCACCUUGGACAUCUCCCACAAUGUGAUCUGGUCGCUCAGUGGCAACGAAACCUACGAAAUCAAGGCCAGCACCAAGCUGAAUCUGGACAAUCUGCACUUGGAGUACAACCACAUCGAGGUGCUGCCUCCAAAUUCAUUCAAAUACUUCGAUACCGUCAAUCGCACCUUCUUCGAUGGUAAUCCCAUACACACACUGAGGGAGGACGCCUUUAAGCCAGCUCGGAUAAGGGAGAUCUACAUGCGGUAUUGCGGUCUGACGAACAUUUCACCGGUGGCCUUUGAUAGCCUGGUCAACAGCCUGCAGAUCCUGGACUUGUCAGGCAACAAUCUCACCAAGCUGCAUCACAAGCUCUUCAACAAUUUCGAUGUCUUGAGGGUCAUAAGCAUGCGGGACAACAAGAUCAAGAUCCAGAAACCCACGGAAACCUUCAAUGCCGUGCACUAUACCCUUCUGAAACUGGACCUCAGUGGGGAUCGGAAUGACCCCACCAAUCUGCAGACGCUGCGCAAUAUGACCAGAAUGCGGAACAUGCGAUCGCUGGCGAUAUCGCGGCUGGGCUCCUCCUCCGUGGGACCCGAGGACUUCAAGGACUUUGGUGUCGAGCUGGAGGAUCUGCAGAUCACGCGGGCCAGUCUCUCCGGCAUUCAAUCGCAUGCCUUCAAGCAUGUGCGAGGACUCAAGAGGCUGGACUUUAGCGAGAAUGGUAUAUCCAACAUUGAGAAUGAUGCCUUUCAUGAGAUUGGCCACUCUCUGAUCUCGCUGAAGAUGUCCCACGGUUAUUCGGGCAGUGCCUUGCCAGCCGAGCCCCUCAGACAUCUGACUUCCCUGCAGGAGCUGGACUUCAGCAACAAUCACAUCAGCAGCAUGAGUGAUACCAGUUUCCAUUUCCUCAAGAACCUGAGACUUCUCGAACUUCAUGACAAUCGAAUCGAACAGGUCCUGAAGGGCACUUUCCAGGGGGAUAUCCACUCGAAGCUGGAGGAGAUAUCAUUGCGCUUCAACCAUCUGACCUCCGUUUCCCAGCACACCUUCUUCGAUUUGGAAGCUCUGCGAAAACUGCAACUGGAUGACAAUAAGAUCGACAAGAUCGAGCGAAGAGCCUUCAUGAAUCUCGAUGAACUGGAGUAUCUGAGCUUGAGGGGCAACAAGAUGAACAACCUGGCGGACGAGUCCUUCCAGAACCUGCCGAAAUUGGAAAUCCUGGACAUGGCCUUCAAUCAGUUGCCCAACUUUAACUUUGAUUACUUCGAUCAAGUGGGAACGCUGUCCAAUCUGAAUGUGAAUGUCAGCCACAAUCAAAUCAGACAACUGAUGUAUAAUUCCUCGUGGAGCGGUCGAAAUGAACAUGGCACAAUGUACCACUCGAACAUCAAGAUAUUGGAUCUUUCCCACAACAAUAUAUCCAUUAUUCAUCCCGGAUACUUCCGACCUGCUGAGAUUUCACUGACACACUUGCAUCUGGGUUACAAUUCGUUAAUGAACACAACUCGUGAUGUUUUUGGAAACAUGCCCCAUUUGCAAUGGCUGGAUCUAAGCUACAAUUGGAUCCAUGAGCUGGACUUUGAUGCUUUUAAGAACACUAGACAGCUGCAAUUGGUCUAUUUUGGUCACAACUAUCUGAGUGAUAUUCCGCAGGAUAUAUUCAAACCUGUUCAGGGUUUGCGCAUCGUUGACUUUUCGCACAAUCAUCUGAGGGGCCUGCCCGACAAUCUUUUCUAUAACGGAGGAAUGGAAAAAUUGGAUGUUUCGCACAACAUGAUGUUGAAAAUCCCCUCCUCAUCGUUGUCCAGUUUGGCUGCUCUGACGCUCUGUGAAUUGCACUUGUCCAACAACUUUAUCUCAACCAUUCACAGCAUGGAUUUGUCCAACAAGUUCAGAUCACUUCGCUACUUGGACAUAUCUUACAAUUACUUGUUAAGGAUCGAUGAUGCCGUGUUUGCCACCAUGCCCAAACUGGCUGUUUUGGAUCUCUCCCACAAUCGGGACCUCAAAGUGAUGGACAAGUCUUUUAUGGGUCUGGAAAACUCGCUGAUCAAACUGGGUCUGGAAAAUGUUUCAUUGAGUACUGUGCCCGAGAUUCGGCUGAAGUAUUUGCGUGAAUUCCGCUUGGGUUACAACGAACUGCCAUCGAUUCCACAGGAAUUGGCACACAACAUGAGUAAUUUGAGGAUGUUGGAUCUGUCCAACAACGAUCUGACCAACGUUCCAUUGAUGACCCAAUCUCUGCCGCACCUAAGACGACUGAUGCUCUCUGGCAAUCCCAUAACCUCGCUGAAUAACAACAGUUUCGAUGGCGUGAACGAGGAUCUUGAAAUGCUGGAUAUAUCCAACUUCCGGCUGCACUAUUUCGAGUAUGGCUGCCUGGAUUCGUUGCCCCACCUGCGAUCCCUGAAGCUCACUGCCUAUUCGCACCUGGAGCACUUCAACAUUCCCCAUUUGCUCCGGCAUCACUAUAAUAUCCGUCAGCUGUGGAUCGAAGCCCCGCAGCCUUUCACCAGGAUCGUGAAGAAGGGAUCCGGACCCACCCAGGAGAUGCAGACCCUCCAGCUCGGCAAUCCCACCGAUUUACAGCGCGAGAUGGAGGGCCAUCUGCCUUCCAAGCUGACCAACAUUACCUUCAGUGGCCCACAAUUCAGUAAUCUGAACGAACGUAUCCUAAGGGGCAUGCGCUCUCCAUAUUUGUACAUGCAAUUGUUUAAUACCUCUAUGCAAGCAUUACCUCCGAACUUUUUUAAAUAUAUGGGUCGGGUACGGAACAUUUCUCUGGACAUUCGCUAUAAUAAUCGCAACCUGAAGAAAAUUCCCAACCCAAAUACGGGAGCUGUUCCAUAUCUGCCAAACAGUGUGUUCCUUACCGAUUUGAAGAUGUCACACACGGAUCUUAACUGUGAUUGCGAUUUGGGGUGGGUGGAAUUCUGGCAGCGCAAGAGGCGCCAGUACAUUUGCUCGUCGCAAACCUGGACCGACACUGUCUUCCGCACAUUUAUGAAUUCACCUUGCCAGGUGUAUGGACGGCAUAACUGCGACGAUCAUGACGAUGAUCUAAGGGAGACACGUUGUGAAAACAAAGGAGGCCAACAGCUAAUGGAGGCUCUCAAAUUCGAUCUGGAGUGCGGCUGGGAUAAUGCGAAUUGCCGGGAGGCCGCCUUUGUGGUGGUGACGGUGUGUGUGGCCAUGGUCUUCUGGAUGUGACUUCUGCACUUUGCAUAUAAGACGUCCACCGACUUUUAUAACAUUCUAGAACAAGUCUACGGCAGGCAGGUCAUAUAAGACUUGAGUCCUGCCGUCUAGAGUUUAAGCGUGAUGAUGAGACUUUGACCAAUUCGACUCCUUUCUGCAGUUAGUUGUUUCUCUUCCGAAAACCUUCUCUCGAUCCGCUGGUCCUUGGAAACGCCUUAUAUGUAGUAAUCCUCACCAAAAACACACUCCAUCCUUCAGCUCAACUCACUUCUAUCUCCAUGUAUGUAUAUUUUUGUAGGCCUUAGUUUAGACCAUAUCUUAUCAACUUAUCUAGUAACCUCGCCUGACCUAACCCCCAAAUAUUUUUUAUAAUUUCUUUUAUAAGUUAGGUCACUGCGCUGCUUAAACAAUUCUAAAAUGAAAGUCUGUAUAAUGUUUCAUAAACAUAUAAUAAAUAUUUACGGUAGGUUAA